GAGGCGAGGCGAGUGGGGGAGGGGCGGGGGGCGGCGGUUGGGCAGCGUCGCUUCUUAGGAGGAGGAGGAGGAGGAGGAAGAGGAGGAAGGAGGGUGAGCGAGGAGGAUGGCGGAGUCGGGGCUCCUGACGGUAACCCGGGGCCGAUGAGGCGGAGGCUUACAACAGGCUAUUAUAACUACAAGAUGUCUUAUAUACAUCGCAUGGAAAAAAACCCUGUAGUAAAUACACAAAAGAUAACGAGAAAGCAUCUAACUACCAAAAAAAAAAAAAUCACAAAGGAAGACAUUGAGAGAGGAUGAAAGAAAUAGAGGAACUACAAGAUAGUCAGAAAACAACAAAAUGACAAUGGCAUUCUAAUGAAUCAUUGAUUGACCAGCACUAUUUUACCAGUUGGAAUGAAUUAUCAGAAAUGGGCAUAGUACUUUUAGAUCCAACAUGUAACAGAUGGAUGUUACUCCUUGCUGAUUACUUCUUUAAGCCAACACUGUUUUGAUUGUGUAGGAUCUUUAUCUCUUCAUCUUUGAAUUCACUUACUGGAAAAUAAAAGGAGUUCAUGUAGUUUUUGUCCAGGCUUGAGUCACCAUGAGUAGUAGUUUAGGAAAAGAAAAAGACUCUAAAGAAAAAGAUCCCAAAGUACCAUCAGCCAAGGAAAGAGAAAAGGAGGCAAAAGCCUCUGGAGGUUUUGGGAAAGAAAGCAAAGAAAAAGAACCUAAGACCAAAGGGAAAGAUGCCAAAGAUGGAAAGAAGGACUCUAGUGCUGCCCAGCCAGGGGUGGCAUUUUCAGUUGACAAUACGAUCAAAAGGCCAAACCCAGCACCUGGGACUAGAAAAAAAUCCAGCAAUGCAGAGGUGAUUAAAGAGCUCAACAAAUGCCGAGAAGAGAAUUCAAUGCGUUUGGACUUAUCCAAGAGAUCUAUACACAUAUUGCCAUCAUCAAUCAAAGAGUUGACUCAAUUAACAGAACUUUAUUUAUACAGUAACAAAUUGCAGUCCCUCCCAGCAGAGGUGGGCUGUUUAGUAAAUCUCAUGACACUGGCUCUAAGUGAAAAUUCACUUACCAGUUUGCCUGACUCUCUUGAUAACUUGAAGAAGCUGCGGAUGCUUGAUUUACGGCAUAAUAAACUGAGAGAAAUUCCUUCAGUGGUGUAUAGGCUGGAUUCUCUCACCACUCUUUACCUUCGCUUUAAUCGUAUAACUACUGUGGAAAAGGACAUUAAAAACUUGUCAAAACUCAGCAUGCUUAGCAUUCGAGAGAACAAAAUUAAACAACUACCUGCUGAAAUUGGUGAAUUAUGUAACCUCAUUACGCUGGAUGUAGCUCACAAUCAACUUGAACACCUUCCAAAGGAGAUUGGAAACUGUACACAGAUAACCAACCUUGACUUGCAGCACAAUGAACUGCUAGACCUCCCAGAUACUAUAGGAAACCUGUCCAGUUUAAGUCGUCUUGGUCUGAGAUAUAACAGACUGUCAGCAAUACCCAGAUCAUUAGCAAAAUGCAGUGCACUUGAAGAAUUAAAUUUAGAGAACAAUAACAUUUCUACUUUACCAGAGAGUCUUUUAUCAAGUCUUGUGAAAUUGAAUAGUUUGACCUUAGCUAGAAAUUGCUUCCAGUUAUAUCCAGUGGGUGGUCCAUCUCAGUUUUCCACCAUCUAUUCCCUCAAUAUGGAACACAAUCGAAUCAAUAAAAUUCCAUUUGGAAUUUUCUCCAGAGCGAAAGUAUUAAGUAAGCUGAAUAUGAAGGACAAUCAGUUAACAUCACUUCCCUUGGAUUUUGGAACUUGGACCAGUAUGGUAGAAUUGAAUUUAGCCACUAAUCAGCUCACAAAGAUCCCAGAAGAUGUGUCUGGUCUCGUUUCUCUUGAGGUUCUUAUCUUAUCAAACAAUCUUCUAAAGAAGCUUCCCCAUGGUCUUGGAAACCUUAGGAAGUUAAGAGAGUUGGAUCUAGAAGAGAACAAAUUGGAAUCCUUGCCAAAUGAGAUUGCAUAUCUUAAGGAUUUACAGAAAUUAGUCUUGACAAACAACCAGUUGACCACUCUUCCCAGAGGCAUUGGUCAUCUUACCAAUCUCACACAUCUGGGCCUUGGAGAGAACCUGCUUACUCACCUUCCUGAAGAAAUUGGUACACUGGAGAACCUGGAAGAACUGUAUUUGAAUGACAACCCCAAUCUGCAUAGCCUUCCCUUUGAGCUGGCACUCUGCAGCAAGCUUUCAAUCAUGAGUAUUGAGAACUGUCCACUCAGUCACCUUCCACCUCAGAUUGUUGCUGGGGGGCCUUCUUUCAUCAUUCAGUUCCUAAAGAUGCAGGGUCCGUAUCGUGCCAUGGUUUGAUACAAAUCUGCUGAUCCCACACACUGUUCAAAAAUAGACUGCCAUUAAUGUUUCUUAUCUAUAUCUGUAUCUAUUUAUGUAGAUAUUGAUAUAUGGCAGAUUUAUAAAGAUUGCAUUAUGUGUUUCUGCUAAUAGAGGAAUCAUAGCCAUUUAGAAUUUUUUUUAAAUUCUGUACAAAAGGCUUAUAUAAGUUUUCUUUGCUGAAUUUGAUGGAUGUUUUUCUGUUGUAUAAUCUGAUAUGCCAGUUUGCUUAAAACAUUUGCCAACAGAUUAUGAAGUUAUUAAAUUUAAGGGACAGAGGUAGUAUAGUUAGAUAUACUUUCUGUUAGGAAAAAUAAUGGGCAAAUAAUUUUGUUGCAACUUUUCAUAUACUCCCCUUACCAAUUGUUGUAUCUUUUUAGUAUUGUAGUCCCUGAAGGUAGAAUUUUUCUUUAACUUAUUUUGAGAUUUGAGAUUUAAAUUUUAUGUAUUGUUUACAGUCAGAGUAAAUCACUGGAUUUUUUUGUUUGUUUUGAUUUGCUCUGUUUUAUUCAGUCAAAUCUAGAGUUUGUAUCCUCUGCUAAAGAAUUUGCAUCAGCUGGUUUAAAUAGUGAAAGGUAUUUGUUAAAAAAAAAAAAAGCUGGCAAAGUGAAAAGACAUGGUCAGAAAUCUAGAAUUUCUUUAAUUGUGCUUCUCUUAUGAGUUGUGAAGCAAAAGACCUGAAGUGAGUCUUUGGGUAGGGGAAGGGUAUUGAGACCUUUUCUAGUAUGAAUAUUUUUUAAGUUUGGGGGAAGAGAAACUUGUAGUGAAAGGAGUUUUUUUCAUUCCUGAAAGUUGCAGAUCCACAAAAACUAACUGGUUAAUUUGGCAAAUAAAUAAAUUACAUAUAAACACACACAAUCUAUAUAUGUAUAUACAAUGCUAUAUAGAUAUGUAUUUAUUAUAUCAUAAACUACAGUAGGUAACUUUAAGGAUUUCUUCCUAUCCUUGUACAAUGACAUGAAUGUCUUUGAAAACUGCAAUAUAUGUAUGUUUCAAGGUUAUUUAACAGUGUACUAUGGUUUUAUAUCUUGACUUGCCUUGUACAUCUUUCAAUUCUGGAAUAUCUGUGUCUAAGCACAAUAUCUUCACACUGUGCUGUAUUGCUGCUGAACUAAAUGCACUUUUCCCCACAUGUGGGACACUGGCUUCAAACAAUUCGGUUCGGUAUCAUUACUUUUAAUCUCAUCUUUCCUUUCUUGGUAGUUGUUCAUACAGUUAUGGAAAAGAGGCACAUUGCAUAGAAGCCAUUGGGGAGUUCAGUGGAAGUUCUGUAAGAUGUGCAUGUACUAUUUGAUAUAUUUUCUUUUGCUUCACUGCUUUUAGUAGUUAGCAGUAUUGUUGGUCUAAGUCAGUUUGAUUAUUGAGGAGACUCAGAGCGACUGUGUUCUAGAUGUCCUUAAAAACUCUUCCCAUAUAAUUAAUAGCUAUUUUGUAUAAUUACAUAUUGCUGCUUGUUUUUUUUUUCCCCAUUUAGUUGGGUGUUGUGUUUUACACAAAACUAUUUUUGAAUUAAGGCUAUGAUACUAAGAAAUUUGGACUGUUGUUCUGCUUUUCCUGGCACUCAAAAUCAUGAUUAGAUUUGAGGUCAAACCUAUGUUGGUAAUUGGAGGUUUUAUAAGGAUCAGUUGAGAAAUGGAAGGCAGGUGAAGAUAUAAAACCCUAGAAUGCUUAAAUGUGCUGUAAAACUAUUGUAGAUGUCACUGGAUUUUACCAAGUAAUAUCCUUUCUUCUUUUUUUUUCCGUCUACUGUGGCUUUUCAGUUAAAAUUUUGUUUAUAAAAGGAAUUUCUUUAUUACAGCUCUACCUAGA